ACUGUUGAGUCAACAUGAGGGCUUUCCUGCUCAGCUCCCUGACUCCAAAGAGGGCUACUUUCUCUUUAAAUGCAAAUCACCUCCAGCCAGCUUAGCUCCCACCAGCUCUGGUUCCCGGGAGGAGAGAGAAAACAGGGUGGAGGGAGAUUGCAAAGAAGCACCAUUCCACACCCCACCCAGACCCCAAACACCCAGGCCUGAGGUCCAACAAACACCCAAUGGAUGACAAAAAGAAGAAGCGGAGUCCUAAGCCCUGCCUGACCCAACCAGCACAGGCCUCAGGCACACUUCGCAGAGUUCCUGUGCCCACCAGCCACAGCGGUUCCUUGGCUCUGGGACUCCCUCAUCUGCCAUCGCCCAAGCAACGAGCCAAGUUCAAAAGAAUAGGCAAGGAGAAAUGCCGACCAGUUCUGGCUGGAGGUGGGGUCAGCUCCGCAGGCACGCCCCUGCAACAUUCCUUCCUGACGGAGGUGACAGACGUCUACGAGAUGGAGGGUGGACUGCUGAACCUGCUCAAUGAUUUUCAUUCAGGCCGACUGCAAGCCUUCGGGAAGGAAUGCUCCUUUGAGCAGCUGGAGCACGUGCGGGAGAUGCAGGAGAAGCUGGCCAGAUUGCACUUCAGCCUGGACGUGUGUGGGGAGGAGGAGGACGAGGACGAGGAAGACGAUGGGGUAGCCGAGGGCUUGCCUGAGGAGCAGAAGAAGACGAUGGCUGACCGCAACCUGGACCAGCUGCUUAGCAACCUAGAAGAUCUUAGCAAUUCCAUACAGAAGUUGCACUUGGCAGAGAACGCCGAGCCUGAGGAGCAGCCAGCGGCGUAGGUGUCGCCCAGACUGCUGCUCUUCCUCCCUUCAAACUGUGACUUUUUACGGAUUCGGGAGGGCAUCCCGCAGCCUCCCAGGUGCUAUGGGGUCGGGGGCGCUUGUUGAAAUUAAACAAACGGGAAAGCGUC